AUGAACGCUGCUGUCCCAGCUCCCUGCCCUGCGGGAGCAGCCGGGAGCCCGGCGGUGAAUCCUUAUCCCGGGGGAUGCUGCAGAGCCCUUUCCCCUCUCCUCCCACCCUGCGGGGGAUGCCGGGGGUCUCCGCUCGCUUCGGGGCUCUCGGGGCGGGCCCUGGGCAGGUGGGGGCGGGCAGAGCUCGGCUUUUGGCAGCAUCACAGCAGGCAGAGGCAGCGGCAGGAGCCGGAGGUGCUGCGGAGGAUGCGAACUUUGAGCUGGCUGCUGCUGCCGCUGGUUACAGGAAUCCAUCCAGAAUGCAAAAUAUUCCAGCAGGUGGUCAAAGAGGAGGCUCUCUGCUUGGAACACAACGAAUCUGCCUCACCUGACCUGAAAGGAUGUGCCAGAGAUUGGGAUGGUUUAACCUGCUGGCCCAGAGCCACUUUUGGGGAAGUGGUUAAAGUUCCCUGCCCACGAUUUUUUGAAGAAUUUACCAGUACCCACGGUUUCCUUCAGAGGAACUGCUCACAGGAGGAACAUUGGUCAGAGCCUUUCCCACCAUACACCAUUGCCUGUGGGUUUGAUGAAGGUUCCAGUAAAGGACCUGAGGAUCAGAAAUCCUAUUAUUCUGCAUUUUGGCGUAUCUACACCGCUGGCUAUGCAGCAUCCGUGACGUCUCUCAUUACAGCUCUAAUUGUCUUUGCUGCCUUCAGAAAAUUCCACUGCACACGGAAUUACAUCCACAUGCACCUGUUUGUCUCCUUUAUCUUGAGAGCAGUGGCUGUUUUCACCAAAGAUGCUGUUUUGUUUGCAGAUGAAACUAUGGACCACUGCCUCAUGUCAACGGUUGCUUGUAAGGCUGCUGUGGCCUUCUUCCAAUUCAGUAUUUUAGCCAAUUUCUUCUGGCUUCUCAUCGAAGGGAUCUACCUGCAGACCCUGCUGCUGCUGACCUUUGUUUCCAACAAGAAGUUUGUGUGGUGGUUCAUAUUUACUGGCUGGGGAGCUCCCACUGCUGUGAUGUUUGCUUGGGUCCUGACACGAAUCCAUCAACAGAACACUGGCUGUUGGGAUGAUGAUGAAAAUGGAGUGGUGUUAUGGAUCAUCAAAGGCCCCAUCCUGCUGACUGUAUUAAUUAACUUUAUUAUAUUCAUUAAUGUGAUCAGGAUUCUAGUCCAUAAAUUGAAAUCCCAAGAGGGAGGAGGGAGCCAUUCAAGCCACUUUGUGAGACUUGCAAAAUCCACGUUACUUCUGAUCCCCCUCUUUGGGGUGCACUACAUCGUAUUUGCGUUUUUCCCGGAGAGCACUGGUCUGGAAGCUCGGCUUUAUAUCGAGCUGGGCCUGGGCUCAUUUCAGGGUUUUGUUGUUGCUCUCCUAUAUUGCUUCUCAAAUGCAGAGGUUCAAACUGAGCUGAAGAAACAACUGUGCAAGUGGCAGCACCAGGAGUACCUGACCUUCACCCACAAGCACGGGGCUUUGUCCAGAGAAACCAGCCCCGUCAACUACGUCACCCAGCUAUCCCUGCUGGACAAAAUCAGCCCCAAAAGGAGAAGCUCUGUGCCCCAGGAUGGUGUCACCACUGUCUGA